UUGGAUGAGAACGCCUGGGAACGAGGUUAAUUCAAAGGGAAAGGGUUGUCCCGCCCCCCCACUGAGCAGCGGUCGCGGUAGCACUAAUGUACUCUUGAGCAGCACUCAGCUCCAGCAGUCAACUCCACUCCACUCAACCCUGCUGCACACCGCGCCGCACUAGUGUGAAACAUUGGGCUUCAAAGUUUGAAUCGGCGCGCAUUGAUUGACCAACGUCAACAUCAUUCGGGAACCAAAGGAGUGCAGUUAUACAUCGGAUAGCGUAACGGAGGACUUCUGUUCCGUUAAAAGGUGGCGUUGAAUUGUUUUUUAAAAGGUUCCUGUGAAAAAAUGGACAUUCAGAGAGUGGCAUUGUGUUUAUCUUACGUGAUAUUAUACCUGGAUAUAUCCCUGAGCCAAAAGGACUGCACCCGCGUGGACUGUCCCGCUCUGCAGAAUUGCAUUGAGGAAGUGCUGGAGGUGGGUGCGUGCUGUGCCACAUGCGUUCACAAGGGAUGCACCUGUGAGGGGUACCAGUACUAUGACUGCGUCAACGCAGGCUUCCGCAAGGGGAAAGUUCCCCAGGGAGAGUCCUACUUUGUGGACUUUGGGAGCACCGAGUGCUCCUGUCCCCGCGGAGGAGGGAGGAUCAGCUGUCAGUUCAUCCCAUGCCCAGACCUUCCCUCUAACUGCAUUGAUAUAAGACAGCCUGCAGACGGUUGUCCGCAAUGUGGGAGGAUUGGGUGUGUCCAUGGCAACGACAAGUACAAGGCCGGCCACAGGUUCCAUAUGGACCCGUGCCAGAUGUGCUACUGCCCUAACGAUGGAGGCCACCUGGUGUGUUCACCCGUUCCUGGGUGUAAUCCGCAAGGUAGUAAAAAAACAAUGCUGACCCCUCCAACGGAGAACAAUGAGCCUUUACGAGGUGUCAGUCACCUGCCAGACAACACACAGACCCGACCUCGGGAGCCCUUUUCAAAGUUGCCGCUUGGCGACACUCUGCCUCUGUAUAAGCAGGACCCGCCCGCUUUUGGCACAGACGAGUAUGACUAUACCUUGACAGAACCCACCUCUUCCCUGCCGCUGGAACGGGACCAAAUCCUCAAAUCUAUCGCAUCCCCACUAGCACACCCGGAAGCCAGCUUCGUUUCCUCCACCUCCCGUGAUGACAGGAGGAGAGAGGAGCCCGGAGAGACACCGGGAAGUCUGGACCAGGAGAGGAACUAUCAGGUCAAGGUUCGCCAUCAGCUGCUGCGACAGUACACUGAACAGCCUACCGCGGGAGCUCGCAGUGAAACGAUAACCUCGGCGGGCAUGGCCGCCACCACGCAGAGCGGGACCACGGAGAGUCCCACGCCGCAACAGGAAGCCCCUGGGAAGACCGCUCGGCGUCAGGACGGAGACCGGGAAAGGGUGGCGCCGAACACGUCAAAGGACACGCCGGCGUUCUCUGCCGCUUCUGAUAAAGAAGGCAGACUCGGCGGCCAUCACAGGCACAGGCAGAGCGACAACUCUAGCCGCCAUGUUUCUUCACAUGCUCAAGGCCAUGAGGGACCAACGGAGGCCGUUGGGGGGGAGCAGCGCCCACAUCCGACGGUCCAGUGGAGUCCCACCAGAAGGGCACCGGUCAGGAGGAGGGAGGAGGGAGAUAAGCCAAGGAGACAGGCCCAGACGCUCCUCAAUUACCAUUCUCAGACUGCAGAGGGAGAAACAGAUGUGUCGGCCGCGGAGCUGUUGAGGGUGUGCUGUGAAACGGGGGAGAAAUGGGCCACAGCUAAUGGUCACUGCCUCGCCAUGGAGCUCCCCAGAGAGGAAAGGCACUCCAUCUGUCGAACGGCCCAGAAACAAUGCUGUCUGGGUGCUCUGAGGCAGCAGCGAUGCUUGGCCGGUCUCACCGCAGCCACAAGCGGAGCCGUGUGUGAGGACAGUGAUGAAUGUGGAGGGGACGCCUACACGGAGUGCUGCGGCUGCUGCUCCCUGGGCCUGCGCCUGCUCAGCGAGGGCCAGCGCUGUGAGGCCCCCCCGUACCUGGGGCCCCGCUGCAGACAGAGCCUCCUCACCUGCUGCCGGGCGGAGGCCGGAGCGCAGGGUGGAGGAGCGGACGGAGGCUGGCGCCCCGUCAGGGAGAGGCCCCUUCUGGACCCCACGCCCCUGCCCAAUAAAGUGUCGGACAGCCCCUUCCCGAAGGAGGCCUUCUCCAUCAGUAAGGAGGAGGAGGAGGAGGAGGAGGAGCAGCGGCAGGGGGUGCGGGACGAGGAGAACACGGCGGAGGGUCCCUUCCAGGUGGAGCACCCGUUCCAGGUGGAGGACAUGGACGAGUGUGCGGUGUACCAGGACAGCCUCUGUCCGCAGCGCUGCGUCAACACGCCCGGCUCCUUCAGAUGUGAAUGCUUCGCUGGCUUCUCGCUGCAGCAGGACAACACGUGUAAACCGGAGCGUGAGGAGAACGGCUUGGAGGAGCAUCACAAAGCCACAGCAGGAGGUGUGGAGGAGCCAACUACAACCCCACCUCCUCCUCCUCCUCCUCCUCCUCCCAGCACCCCCACCCAAGCCCUGCUCAACCCCUGCGAAGGACAUAACCCCUGUGCUCAGCAGUGCCGCCCAGUGGGAGGACGGGUGCAGUGCUCCUGUGGUCGGGGCUUCUCACUGAGGGCUGAUGGGUACUCUUGUGAAGAUGUCAACGAGUGCUUGGUGCAGAGCCAUACCUAUCUCUUCCAGGGUGUACUUCACAUUGUGGAUCAGCCCACCACGCCCUGA